CUUUCCGUACCCCCUCAUUAAUGACAGUACCGUAAUUCAUUCCCCCUGGUGUCUCUCUCUCAUCACUCUACUACGGCGAGGCAGUCGGUUUAGCGGUCACAGGCACCAUGGAGGCCAAAUUUAUCUUAAUUGCUGUAAUUAUUCCAAUCAUUGCUAGUCAAGGCAUCAAUAAAGUGUCUUUGGACGACUCAGAAAAGAAUGAAUGUGGACAAUCCACCAAGCUCUCCAGUGGAUCUCAGAUCCAGUUGACCACUAAUGGAAAGACCAAGACCGGAAUCUGUGGAUUCCUCGUCAACAGGAUUGAUAACAUCAACACCAAGUGUCCUUAUCCAGGAAUAUGCGCGCGCAUCGACGAUUCUCGUAUGGGAUCCUGCCAAGCCAAAGUGGCAUUUACUGGAAAAUAUUUCGAUAAAACUCCAGACAGCACACAGGAACUGAGCUGCUACAUGAAGCCUAAAGGAGCUAAAUUCUGCACCCAGGCCCCUGCACUGCGUGUGGAGGUGACAGAGAACCCCAAUGUCCCGAAAGAGGAGCGGGAAUACGGAUUCAACAUCACUGUAUAUACCCAGUGCUUCGACAACAAAGAGAAACUUAUUGUUGAAUAUGUAGAGGAUGAAUACCAACCUCCGGAUCUGGAAUCUGCCUGGAGAAAGAACUACAUCAUGGGAAUUGUGGUAGCCGCUUGUAUAUGUUGCGUUUUCCUGGUUAUCGUGGUUGUCAUGAAAUGUUACUAUAGAAACAAACCCUAUGCUGGUAUUAAGGAGGAUAGAUAGAAAGUUUCUUUUUCUUCUUCUCUCCCGUGCGGGACCAGCCCGGUGUAUUGUGUUUGUCGUCUGCUUCUACGAUCAGAAUCCAAUAAUAUAUAAGUAUUUCUCUUUUUUACUUAAAAAACACAAAAAUUAAGCUGCAGCACUGAUCCAAUUCACUGGGCUGAUUCUCCGCAUUUGAGAAACAUUCCUAUAAAAUCGGGUUUCACACUAAACAGAUCCAGAAGUCAUUCCAAGGGAAUCAAUUUUAAUUCGUUGAAAAUAAUCGUUUAUUUACUUGAAACAGCAUAAUGGUCUACCAAAAAGUUCAAAACGUAUUUGUUUAAAGUGUUUAGUGUGAACUUUUGUUCUUUCUAUGAAAACAUCUCCAUUGUACCUAUGCAUUUAACAUAGAACGUACGAACAAAAAUGCAUUUGUUUUUGUUUCCUUUUUUUAACGUUGGAGAUGGAAUACAUGUUCAUGUUGAGAAUCACUAUUUUGUUUGUUUUCAUAUCUUGUUAAAGGUUGUGCAAGAGCGAAUGAUAGACAUCAUCGAUUUGUAUAUAAACUGAAUGUAGAUUGAACAAGAUUUUGUGACGAGCAGUUGUUA